AUGGCUGAAAUAAGCCCCAAACCCGUUUAUAGGGGGAAAGGGUUUAUUUUGAAAUCCGUGAGUAAUGAAUAUUUAGAAAGUAAUAAAAAUAAUGUUGAUAAUGUAAAAAAACGAAAAAAAUAUAUUUAUGUAGAUAAAAAAAAGAAUAUAUUUAAAAGAUAUAAUCCAGUAGUUAUUCCAAUAUUAAAUAGAAAUAUAAAAAAUUAUACAAGAGAAAAAACAAAAAAAAAUGAAAAAAACAAAAUUCGUGAUAUUAAUAUAUUUGAAGAAAGUGAAUUGAAUAGUUUUUUAUUAAGAAAUCGAGCUUUUCGAUUAACAUGGAUAAAAAUUAUUAAAUUAAUAAAAAAAGAAAUAGAUAUACAAAUAUCAAAAAAUUUAAGUGAUGUUUUUGAAGACAUAUAUUUAUAUUCUAUGUCCUCUAGUGAAUAUCUUCCAUUGAUAUUAAUGACAGCAGGUACAAAUGUUACUGAUCAUGAAAUAGUUAUAGAUGCUUUGUCAUAUAAAUUAAAACGAUGGAUACAUAAAAAAGGAAGACGAGGAAAAAAAAGAAUUCCAAAAAGUUAUGCUUCCAAAGGUUUAGUUAAAAAAAUUAGAUCAGAUAAUUAUCUCGAUUCAUGUAAUACAAUUUAUGAUGAUUUCAAUAAAUCAAAUUGCUUGUCUUCUAAAUGGGGAAAAGAAGGAAAUAAUUUAAAAAAAAGAAAAAAAAAUAAUAAUGAAAAUGAUGACAAUGGUUUAGUAAGUGAUUCAAGUUAUAUAAUCGAUGAAAAUCAUGAUAGUUCAUAUUAUGAGCAUACAGAUAGUGAAGGUAAUUCAAAUUGUGGUGAUUGUGCCGAUUGUGAUGUAUAUGUGUGCUCGUUAAACUCAAGCACAUCUAAUAAUGUUAAUUCAGCAAUAUGCAACAUAUAUAAUCAAUUAUAUAAAGAAUAUAAAAUAAGAAAAUAUUUAUCAAAAAAUGUAAGUAAAAAAAAUGGAAAAUAUCGACAUAAGUGCAACAAUAAUAUAAAUAGAUUUGAAGAAGAGAAUAAAAUAAAUGGAGAUUCAUUUUAUGAGCAAAAUGAAGAACCCUCUUCUAAUCCAUAUUCUAAUUAUGAUGAAAGUGAAAUGGAUAACGAUUAUGUAAUGAACAGUAAGUUAGUAAGUAUUGAUAAACUUGUUGAGUUAUAUAACAAUAUGACUGAAAUGAAUAGAAAGUGUGACAAUAAAAUAAGAAGAAAAGAUUUUGGAAAAAAUUGCGGAAACAAUUUCGAACGGAAUGAAUCAGAUUUAUCAUGGUUAAAUGGUGAAACAAAAGAAUCUGACAAUGAACUGUUUUUAAAAAAAUACAACAAUUUCGAAUUAUAUAAUAUUGAAAAUUAUUAUUUUAAUGAUGGAAGAAAAAAAGUUCGAGUAAUAGUAUUGAUUCAUGAUUGUGAAUAUUUUAAUAUAAAUAUAUUUAAUGGGAUUUUAAAUAUAUUGAUAAAUUUAAGAAUAAACAAUAAAAUAUGUUUAAGUGUUAUACUUGGGGUAUCAUCAACUUUUUUUUUUAAUAACGUAACAACACCAAGUACCCAAAGUAAAUUAAGAAUAAAAAAUGUGGAUAUAUUGAAUAAUAAAUUGGUUUGUGAAAAUAUAUGUAAUAAUAUAUUAUUUAAAAAUAUUCUUCCUUUUGUAAUUAAUUUUAGAACAAUACAUACAAUUAAAUUAUUAUUAUAUAAAAACAAUCAAUCAAUUAGCCACCUAAUUCAUAUGCUUUAUAUAUUAACAAAAGAUUUUUAUGACAACAAUUUAUUUUCUUUUUUAUCACUUCCUAUAAGUUAUUAUUUUAAUAAUAGUGAUAGUAAUGAGUUUGAGAGUGAUAGUGAAGCUGAGUCAGUUACAGAAUAUUCACCAUAUACCUUUGUUAGGACAAAAAAUAAAACAUUCAAUACCUUUAUACAAUAUAAUGUUCGAAUUUUACAUAAAAAAAUAAUUUCUUUAUGUUAUUCAUCGAAUUUAUAUUAUUUUCAUCUGUCUUAUUUAAAAAAGAAAUACUCUAGCAUUUUAAUCAAAAAUUAUUAUUUAAUACAUGAUGAAGAUUCGGAUGUACACACUCCAACAAUUUCGAGUAUAAACUCAGAUGAAUUUACUUUAAAAAAGAAUAAAAAAAUAGAUUAUGAACAAAAUGAGGAUGACCAAUUUGAUGUAGUAGACAAUUGUACAACCCCAACUAAAGUAAACAAUGUUGAUAAGAAUGAAAAGGAAAAAAAUGGAGUGUUUGAUCGAAAACUGUAUGCAUGGAAAUUUAAAGCAAACACUAUAAAUUGGUGGCUAGAUCAUCCGUUUAGAGAUUUAGUCUAUUGUUAUGAAAAUGGCAAUUCAGUAAAAAAAGAAAAAAAAACAGUUUUUAAUAUUGAAGAUAAAUUAUUGUUAGAACCAGGAGAAGAUAAUGAAUUAAAAAAUUUAAAAAAUCCUGAACAUAUAAAAGAAAUAAAUAAAUAUUUAUGUGAAAAUUUUAUUCCUGAAACUGUUUUAAAAUUAUUAGAAAGAAAAUAUGCAUUUAAUAUAGCAAUCAAUUUUAUUAACAUCAUAAUUAAACGUAAACCUGAAUAUAAUAACUCAUUAAAAAGGAUUGAAUAUUUUCGUAAAUUAUUUGACAAUUUUGAAAAAGCAAAAUGGAAUAACAAUACAAAUAUAUUAUAUAUAGAAGAAUUAUAUAAAAUUGCAGAAAAUGAUGUAAAAAAAUGUAUAAACUUUUUAAUUGAUAUUGUUAAUCCUUAUUAUUUUAAAAAUCAAGAAAUACUUUUAGAUAUAUUAAAAGAAUUUAAAAAAUAUUAUAUAAAAAUAUAUUCUUUAGUAUAUAAUUUAGAGGAUUAUUUAUAUUUACUAAAAGAAAAAAUGUAUGAAAAAGACAAAGAAUAUUUAAUUAAUGAUGAUUUUUCAAAAAAUUUUUCCUAUUCAGAUUCAUUUUCCAUUUAUUAUUCUCUUCUUUAUAAAUUAGAUGACUUAAUAGAAAUGUUUAGAAAGUUUUUGAAACAAAAAGAUAGCGAGGUUAACGUAUUUAAAGGUGAAACUUUUCAAACAAAUUAUCAUGAUAGUACUAACAUGUCUGAUGAACAAAGUGAAAAUAAUGAGGGCGAUGAAAAAAAAGCAUAUAAACGAUAUUUGACAAUACACAAUACCACAUUAAAGGUAAACAAAAUGGAAAGUAGUAACGAUCGAAUAAUUACAGUUGAAGAUAUAUCAGAUUCUUUAAAUAUUUUUAUACAUGAUUAUUUAUAUUUAUUAUUAUUACCACCAUUACAUUAUAAUCCUCUUGCAUUUGAUAUAGCAAUUCAUAAACCAGAUAGAGAUUUCACAGAUAUAAUGACAAGAAAUAUAAAAGGAGAAUUAUUACAAACCCUUUGUUAUAACAAUCCAUAUAAAACUGGAAACUUAAUGUGUUCAUGUUGUUUUUGUAAAGAAAAUCCAACAAAUGAAAAUAUGGAUAAUAAUAUUACUUGCGAUAAUAAAAUUUAUUUAAAUCCAUAUUAUGAUAAUAUAUCAACUUUAGAAGAUUUAGUUAACCUUUAUAGAAUUUAUGAGAGGUGCAACAAAACUAUAGACUUAUAUAAUUUAUUUAUUUUGUUUGUAAAUAUAAAAGUGGAAAAAUUUGAAAAUACAAUUGAAGGAAAUAAUGAUAAUGAACAAAUGAGCAAAAUAUCAAAGACUGGUCAAAAUGGAUUUUUAGAUAUUGGAAUAUUACAAGAAUAUUAUUUAAAAUUUGUAAUUGUAGUUACAACUUUUUGUUACAUUUUUAAAGUAUUAAAACAACCUAAUGUAUCAGCACUUUUAAAUUAUACUGAAAAAGAUGAUUACUUAUCAAAUAAUUACGAUGAAGAUAUGACAGAAAAUGAAGAAAAUGAACAAGACGCUGAGGAACAAAUUAAAAAAUUCUUAAUCGAUAUUAAAAAAUCAUUACAAGGAUGUACUAGUAAAAAAUUACUAUUUGGAAAAAUGUACUACAAUAAUACUAUUAUGUCAAGGGAAUUAUGUUUACAAAAAAUGAUGGAAUAUAAUUAUGAGUAUAAAAGAGAAACUAUGUGUGUGAAUGACAAUUUUAAGCGUCAAAAAAAUUGA